GUCGUCUUUUAGAUACGUCGUUGUGUGUGCGGAAGCGUAGCGCCACGUUCUUACUGGCGCUCUGUGAAUUGCAGGUGCUGCCUUAACAAGACGUCAAUUAAAGAAACAGGACGUAGACGGCCGUAGAGAUAGUAAAGGAGCCCGUCAUUACCACAAAAUGUUGUGUCGAGCAACUCUGUGUUCCCGCGUGAGCAGCAAUGGACGCUAUAUCACCUCACGUGUUCGAAAUACAGCAGCAGCUUCUCGCCUGCAAUACUUUCCAGCCUCUGGUGAGGUUUAUCAGAAUGUCCGUCGUUGGAGCAAUAUUCCUUUUAUAACCAUGCCGCUUAUGCGAUCACAUGGAAAACCAUUUGCCCAUCGCAGUGAACUUAAGCAUGCAAAACGCAUUGUGGUGAAGCUGGGAAGCGCGGUUGUAACAAGAGGCGAUGAAUGCGGUCUAGCCCUUGGGAGGUUGGCCUCUAUUGUAGAACAGGUUUCUGUCCUACAAAAUCAAGGGCGAGAAAUGAUGAUUGUAACAAGUGGGGCGGUAGCCUUUGGGAAGCAGCGUCUUCGCCAUGAAAUUCUUUUAUCACAGAGUGUGAGGCAGGCCUUGCAUUCUGGUCAGAACCAGUUAAAAGAUAUGCAAGUUCCGGUGUUGGAAGCGCGAGCCUGCGCAGCUGCCGGACAGAGUGGGCUUAUGGCGCUUUAUGAGGCCAUGUUCACACAAUACAGUAUCUGUGCCGCUCAGAUUUUAGUUACUAACCUGGAUUUUCAUGACGAGCAAAAGAGACGGAAUUUAAAUGGCACUUUACAUGAACUUCUAAGGAUGAACAUUGUACCCAUUAUCAACACCAAUGAUGCCGUUGUCCCUCCGCCUGAACCGAACAGUGAUCUGCAGGGGGUAAAUGUAAUCAGCAUUAAAGAUAAUGACAGCCUGGCAGCUCGGCUGGCUGUUGAAAUGAAAGCAGAUCUAAUCAUCGUUCUUUCUGAUGUAGAAGGACUUUUUAAUAGUCCACCUGGGUCAGAUGAUGCAAAACUGAUAGAUAUUUUCUAUCCUGGUGACCAACAGUCUGUGACAUUUGGAACCAAAUCAAGAGUUGGCAUGGGAGGUAUGGAGGCAAAGGUGAAAGCCGCUCUCUGGGCCCUUCAGGGUGGUACCUCUGUUGUAAUUGCAAAUGGAACUCAUCCCAAGAUAUCAGGACAUGUGAUCGCAGAUAUUGUAGACGGGAAGAAAGUUGGUACAUUUUUUUCAGAAGUAAAACCAGCUGGUCCAACUGUGGAGCAACAGGCAGAAAUGGCUCGAGCGGGAGGCAGAACCUUGGCAACAUUGCAGCCUGAGCAGAGAGCAGAGAUCAUUUUUCAUCUUGCUGACCUGCUUACUGAUAACAGAGAUGAGAUCCUGUUUGCUAACAAGAAGGAUAUGGAAGAGGCAGAGGAUAAAGGAAGAUUGGCUUCCCCUUUGUUGAAACGCUUAAGUUUAUCAACAGCGAAGCUAAACAGCUUGGCUAUUGGGCUUCGUCAGAUUGCAGCAUCAUCUCAAGAUAGCGUGGGACGUGUUAUCCGCAGAACACAAGUAGCCAAAGAUUUAGAGCUGGAACAGGUGACUGUACCAAUUGGAGUGUUAUUGGUGAUCUUUGAAUCACGACCAGACUGCCUACCCCAAGUUUCUGCUCUGGCUAUUGCAAGUGGCAAUGGAUUGCUGCUGAAAGGAGGAAAGGAGGCAUCAAAUAGCAAUCAGACGCUCUACCGCUUGACCCAGGAAGCUCUCUCCCUCCAUGGUGUUAAGGAUGCAGUGCAGCUUGUGAACACUCGAGAAGAAGUAGAGGACCUGUGCCGUUUAAAUAAGCUUAUUGAUCUGAUCAUUCCACGCGGCUCCUCCGAGCUAGUGAGGGACAUCCAGAAAGCAGCUAAAGGAAUCCCAGUCAUGGGGCACAGUGAAGGCAUUUGUCAUGUCUAUGUGGAUUCUGAGGCCAGUGUUGAGAAGGUCACUAGAAUUGUGCGAGACUCAAAGUGUGACUAUCCUGCUGCCUGCAACGCAAUGGAAACCCUGCUAAUACAUCGAGAUGUUCUUAGAACACCACUUUUUGACCAGAUUAUUGAUAUGCUGAGAGUUGAACAGGUGAAAAUUCAUGCAGGUCCCAGAUUUGCCUCCUAUUUGACGUUUAGCCCCUCAGAAGUGAAAUCCCUCCGUACAGAAUAUGGGGAUCUUGAAUGUUGCAUUGAAGUGGUUGAUAGUGUUCAGGAUGCAAUUGAUCACAUUCACAAAUAUGGCAGCUCGCACACAGAUGUGGUUAUCACAGAGAAUGAAAAAACAGCAGAAUAUUUUCUACAGCACGUGGACAGCGCUUGUGUAUUCUGGAAUGCCAGUACCAGAUUUUCUGAUGGAUAUCGUUUUGGACUUGGAGCAGAGGUUGGCAUUAGCACUUCUAGGAUCCAUGCCCGUGGGCCUGUAGGAAUCGAGGGAUUACUUACUACAAAGUGGUUACUACGAGGCGAAAAUCAUACAGUCUCUGACUUUUCGGAGCAAGGGACUAUGAAGUACAUACAUGAGAACCUUCCUAUCCCUCAUAGAAUAACCAACUAACUUUACUGGCUCACUAAUUUAUGAUCCUAGAAAAUGCUUUAUCUUCAGACACACACAGACCUCUUCAAGUGGCAGAAUUUAUCAAAUACUGGAAACUGAAAAAAACAAACUGUUGCUUGUUUCCAGAUUGCAUGUGACAACAGAUUAUUUGGAAUUAAUCAGACAUUUUUGAAGGACAUCUAGAUAUGCACUUAAUAUUAAAUUACACACAAUUCUAAAGCUGGCUAUGUAGCUACCAUAUACAGAGGGAUUUAGCAACUGUUCCAUGCAGUAUUUUAAUCAUGUUACUGGAUAAAAAAAAACUAAUUGUAGCACUUGCACUGGUUACUAAUUCCUCUGUUUAUAAUUUGAGUCAGAAACUUGUACAGUUACGAGAUGUGAGGCUUUGUGAGAUUUCAAUCUGUUUUAUACAUUUGGGACUAACAUGUUUUCCUAGCUAUGAAAAAAAAGUUUUUCCUUUAUUUUUGAAUCCAAUUAUUUAUUCUCUUCAACAGUCUUUGAGUGUAAAGCUACAAAUAGUUGUAUUAAAAUUAUUACAAUUGUACUUGUAUGAGAUUCGAUCAGCACUUGUUUGUUAAGAAUACUAUAAAAAAAUUCAAGUAAAUUGCUGAUAUUGCCUAAAUAUACCUCUCUUAUUUAGUUAUUUUUUUAUUUUUAUCAUUUUGGGUCCUGCAGAUUAAUAAAAUGCAAUUAGAGAUUACAUGUAUGUGUAAGCUUUCUCAGGCAAGGAGAGUAGGAGAUUCUCCUGGUUUUUAUUGUAAUGUGUCCCUUUCUUAAAAAAUGAGAUUGCUGUUUAUGCAUUUCCAAUAUUUUUGGUACUUGUUUCUUUUCAUUUCUAUAUAUUUGUAGUGGGAUAGCCAUACUUAAAGUUAUUAAAGAAAGAUAUUGAUAUUUCAACUUGUCAAUUUCCAUUCAAUAAAUUUGUGAAACACUUGUUCUUAAACUAUUAUAUCCCAGGAUGUAAAUUUAAAACUUUUUUGUUAAAUAAAAUAAACUUUAAUUUUA